GCGGGGCGGAGGAGGUGGAAGCCGCGAGGCCGCGGAGGUACCGUCCCUGAGGGCGUGCGGGCACAGCCGGCGUGCGGCGGGCGGGCCGCGGGCCGGGCAUGGAGCGGUGGGUCGGGGCCGCCGGGGGCUGGGAUUCGCUGUGGGGAGCCGGCUGGGCCCGAUGGCCGUGCUGGGAGCUCCUGGCCGCCUGCGCCGUCAUCGGCGCCGUGGGCUGGCUGCUGAGGCUGCGGGACAGGAGGCCGGGCGGUCGCCGGGCGGCGGCGGCCGCCAUCUCCUCCCCGACCCCCAUCGCGUCCCCGGCUUCCCGCUCCGCCCCGGCGCCGCUCGCCGCGGGGAGCCAGCGCUGCGGCGGGAGCCGCCCAGGUGAAAUAACAAUGGAUACUAUAUUAUCCCGAUUAAAGAAGCUCAGCCAUGAUGAGCUUAGAGAAGAGGUUGUGAGAGCAGGACUGAAAUGUGGGCCCAUAACUGCAACUACGAGGUUUAUUUUUGAAAAAAAAUUGGCUCAGGCACUGCUGGAGCAGCAAGGAGCAUUGGAGGAGGAAGGGUCUGCUCUGUCAGAGGAGGCUGCUGGAAAUGUCCCUGUGAAUCACAACGGCCAUGGAAGCGCUUCUGAGGAGGUAGACUUUGGGUACUGUGUGGGUCUGAACCCUCCAGAAGAAGAUGCUGUGACACACACGAACUGUUCAGCUCCAGCCUGUGGUGCUGAUUCACAAAUCACUGCUCAGACAUCAUCCAGAGAUCCUCCAAUAUUCUAUGGUGUUUGCCCAGUUUAUGAUGACAUAUUGGCAAGGAAUGAGAGAAUACAUGUUUAUGAAGAUAGGAAGGAAGCUCUCCAGGCUGUUAAAAUGAUUAAGGGUUCCCGUUUUAAAGCUUUUACAAACAGAGAGGAUGCUGAGAAAUUUGCUAAAGGAAUCUGUGAUUAUUUCCCAUCUCCAGGCAAGUCCUCUUUAUGUUUGUCUCCAGUGAAAAUGGGAUCAUUUAAUAGAGAUGGCUUGUGCUCCCCUGAGAGCGACACUGUGAAUAAGGAGAGAGCCAACAGCUACAAAAGCCCACGGACUCAAGAUCUCACAGCUAAGCUUCGGAAAGCUGUCGAGAAAGGAGACACAGCAACGUUUUCAGACCUAAUUUGGAGUAACCCUCGUUACCUGAUCGGGUCAGGAGACAACCCAACGAUCGUACAGGAAGGGUGUAGGUACAAUGUCAUGCAUGUUGCUGCCAAGGAGAAUCAGGCUGCUAUCUGCCAGUUAUUACUGGACACUCUGGAAAAUCCAGAAUUUAUGCGGUUGAUGUACCCGGACGAUAACGAUGUCAUGUUGAAGAAACGCAUCCAAUAUAUUGUUGAUCUUUACUUGAACACUCCAGAUAAAAUGUGGUUUGAUACUCCAUUGCAUUUUGCCUGCAAGUUUGGGAAUUUGGACGUGGUUAAUGUGCUUACCUCACACCCAGCCAUUGUAAAAAAUCCAAGAAACAAAUAUGAUCAAACUCCAGCAGAAGUAGUGUGUGAAAGAAGCAAGAAUAAAUCUGCAGAACUGAAAGAAAAGAUAAGAGAGUACUUGAAAGGUCGCUAUUAUGUCCCACUCCUGAGGGCAGAAGACAAUUCCUCAGCUCCGGUCAUUGGGGCGCCGUGGUCGCCCGACCAGACAGACGAUGGCCCCCAGAGAACUUGGCCUAAGUACCCUGGCAGCCCCAAAGACCCUGUGCUGUCCAUCAGAGCUUUUGCAGGCCCCAUGAGCCCCUCAAAGGCUGAAGAAUUUCGCAGGCUGUGGAAGACUCCACCUCGAGAGAGAGCUGGCUUCUUUCACAAUGUCAGGAAAUCUGAUCUGGAGAGAGGUGUUGAAAGAGUUGGAAGGGAGUUAGCUCAUGAACUGGGGUUCCCGUGGGUUGAAUACUGGGAAUUUCUGGGCUGUUUUGUUGAUCUGUCUUCCCAGGAGGGGCUGAGAAAAUUAGAAGAGUACCUGAGUCGUCGUGAAAUGAGCGAAAAGGCUCAGCUAGAAACAGGGGAAAAUGAAACCUGCAAUCGAUAUAAAACUCCACAUCCCUCUGGUAAAAGUAAAAAGUUCUGCAAUUCCAUUUCUGUUGGAGCUUUUUUGGAUGAGGAUGAUGAUGACAUGAGCUUAGAAGAAAUUAAAAACAGACAAAAUGCAGCACGAAAUAUCAGCCCCUCUCUGGUGUCCAAGGAGCCCAGCAUUGGUGCCAUUGGAGAUGCUGAGUGUGAUAUCCUGUCCAUGGAGUGUGCAGGAAACAUCAUAGAGACCUCAGCUCACCCUCGGCACUAUGAGAAGGGAGCUGCUGCCAGCAAAAAUGGCUUUUGCAGUCCUGUGUCCAGUGAAAGGAUCAUCAGUGAGAGAAAGCAGCUGCAUGAUGGGUCAGAAUGCCUCAUGUCACCCGUUUCCAAUUUGAUGUCAGAAUUUGAAAGCCUGUCAUUCCGAGAACAAGAGGUUGCUGGAGUAUCUCAUAAAAUCACUGAAAAAACUGGGAAUGAGGGAAUUUUGGACAAGACCUGCUCUGCAGUGUCACUGGCAAGUUCUUCUGAGCCAAAUAUUACAGGAAAACAUGGAGAGACCAAGUUAAGGACAGACCACAGAAUAUCAUUAGAAAAGGAGAGAGUGUCCAGAGAAUCUGGAAUUCAGCCUAAUGAGGCACAACACCGUCAAGAACUUUCUUCCCAGAAGUUUAUUUUGAAGACUUCACCCACAAAUGACAAUUUAAAGUUAUUCCUUCUUGGGGAGCAGCCCUCGAAGCUGGAUGGUGAUGUCUUAGCAGCUAUAGAAGGAGCAGAGAUUGAUCCCCAGAAAUUCCCAAUGAUUUACAAAUGGAAACAUGCAGUGCAAUCCUGCUCCUUAUCUGACAGGCAAAGUUGGCCAAGUCCAGCACUGAAAGCAAGAUUCCGUUCCCAAUCCAUGGCUGCUGGCCUUCCAAACGCUUCAGUGUAUCCUAGUUCGGGAAGAAACAGUCCCAUACCAGGGAGUCCAGGAAAACACGGCAGCGCUGCCUCCUUCCCUCCGGAGCCUGGGAGCCCUGGGCGCUACAGCCCUGCCUCUGUCCUGCGCUAUUUUGCAGAGCCUCCUGCCCACUAAAAUAGAGCUCAUCAUCCCGGGACUUCAGUUCUGUUAUCAUUGUUAGAGUGGAGGCAAAACUACAAUGUUACUAAGGUGACAUGAGGUUUGUACUUGGCUAUUUAUUUUUCCUCAUUUGAGGACAACUGUAUGUUUAAAAAAUGGAAUAUAUGUCUUAAUGCCAUAUACAAGGUAGAUUAUUACUGGUGAUAAGCAAGAAGUUCGUGACAGUGCAGUUGUCCAGUAGCUGAAUUUAACCCUUGUUGCCAGUACCACAGUGGGCUGAACUCUGUCCCUCAGCAGUGGUGGUAUUUGCUAUCACUACUUAUCCUCAUUGUAAUGAACACACAGCCCUCAACUGCCUUUCUUGACUUUGGAAAGUCGAGGAAAUGCAUCAUCAGCAAACAGAACGCAGGAGAUUGAUGGCAGGAAGUGAAACGUUCUCCUGCUUGCCAGGGGGAAAAGCCUAAAACAUGCCUGGGAAUGCAAGGACAAUUUUGCAGUGUGGAGUAGGGAUGUGAAACCCUGUGCAGAAGCAGAGGGUGUUUCCAGCAAGCUGGGCUGGGCAGUUGAUACCCACACCCACCCUCACCUGUCCAUGUGUGUGUGCACAGAUUUACAGACACACAUCUACUGAGUGCUUUAGAAACAGAGCACUGUAGAAACUACUGGGAUCCCUCUAAGUGGUAGUGGGAAGAUUUAAGGAAAACUUAAAAAUUAGCUGGUUAUUUUUUCCCCAGAGAAGCUGUUAACACUAGCAGGUUUGAAUAGUUAUUACACAAAAGCACAUGAGCAAUAAUCUCAGCAAAUUUACCAGCAAGAUCUCUUACCUUAAUAGUCUAGUUUGUAAUAUAUUAGCAUGGUAGCCAGUGGCCCAGGAGGUGGCUAUUUCCCAGCUGUAAAGAGAGAGGACUAAGGACAAAAUAUUUUUAUGAAAUCUGAGCUUUUACUGUAUCUCUAGUGUUGAUGUGGUAAUGAGUUUUUGUUACAGCAAUCAGUAAUUUUAUUCUGCAGCCUUCUGUAAGAAUGACUUGUUUUGACAGUGUGAUGCUGAGAAUGAGAAAGCUUUUCAAAACUCCAGAGAUUUUCCAUGUCAAGCGUAGUGCUUGUAAUGUUGCAUGAAAAGCUUCCAGAAACAGCUCUCUAGGUUAAAAAAAGGGAAAAAAAAAAAAGACCUAUCUACUGUUAAAAGAUAAAUCUGAUCAGAAAACGAAGCUCUGCAG